AUGAAUAACGAUAAAAAUUCUGAUAAAGAUAAAAACUUUAACAAUAGUAAUAGAAAUGACAAUAACAAUUAUUUUAGACCUGAUAAUAAUUUUAGAAAUAAUUAUGAUAAUAGAAAUAGAGAUAGGAAUUACAACACUAAUUUUAGAUACAAUGAUAGGAAUUACGGUAAUAAUAAUUCGAGAUACCACGAUUAUUAUAACAACUAUAACUACAAUAACUAUCGCUACAACAAUAAUAAUCAAUCUAAUUAUGGUAGAAAUAAUACAUGGCAUGAUAAUAAUCAAAGAAAACAGAUCCAAUACGGUAACGGAAAUCGUAACAAUUACCAAUCUUAUUACAACAAUUCAAAUAAUUAUAGAGGUAGUGACAAUAAUCAGAGAAAGCAAAUACAAUAUAACAACAACUCAAAUAAUUAUAGAGGUAGCGACAACUAUAAUAGAAAGCAAAUACAAUACAACAACAAUGAUUACAAUAUGAAUAUUGAAGAAAUUAUUGAAGAGAAAGUUGACUCUAUAAAGAACAAAGAUGAUAACGAUUUCAAUGUUAACAACUUAUCUGGUGACAUGCUCAAUGACAAAGAUAAUACAUUUAUGACUACUUUAAAAGUGAACGAUAUUGUUACAUCAAAUGUUGACACUAAUUUCGAAGAUGAAAUAAAAAAAUUGAUUAAAGAGUGUGAAUCCGAUGACGUCAUAUUUUAUAUUGAUGAUUUACUUAUAACUGGAAAAAACGAUGAAGCCCAGCUUAACAACAUAAAAAAAUCAUUACAUGAAGGUCACUUGGGAGCAGGAAAAAUCAAAUCCUUAGCCAAAGAUUACAUGUGGUGGCCUGGUAUAAACAAUGACAUAGUAAUGGAAGUGAAAAGUUGUGACGAUUGUAACAUAUAUCAUGAUAAUCCUAUAAAGAUACAAAAACCAUGGGUUUCGGCAACCAAACCGAAUAUUAAAAUUGACCUAGAUAUCGCACUUGGCAAAUUUUUAUUUAAUUACAGAAAUACGCGUAAUGAUACUACAGGAGUUACACCAUCUCAGAGAAUGUUUAAUCGAGAUAUUAGAAUUAAAUGGGACUUAUUAAAACCGUUGGAGGAGAAAGAGAAUAAAAUAAACGUUACUUUACCACGAAAUAGAACCUUUAACAUAGGAGAUUUUGUUUGGUACAAAGUACAAGGUGAUGAUAAAUGGUGCAAAGAUAUGAUCACACAUAAAGAAAGUGACAUGAUGUUCCAAAUUAAGAUAGAGAAAGGUAUUUUGAGGAGACAUUUAGAUCAAAUAAGAAUUAGAAACUGUUUUAACACACUUAUUAAUUAUGACUCUAAGGAUUCUUUUAAGGAGGGAAGUGGGGACAAAAAUAUAAAAAUUACUGAUAAUAACGAUAUAACACCUAUUUCUAGACCUGUGCGAAUUAAACAAAAACCUGUUUAUUUAAAAGACUACGUAACUUAA